GUGUGAUUUAGCGGAAGCAGAGGUGCCAACCCCGUCAUUUUGUCGUUACACCGUGCACGAAUUAAUAGGGAGAUUAAUGGAACGGAUUAUAUGAGGUACCUCGUUUUGAUAAGGAACGUAGGCUGUAAUAAAAAAAUAGAAACUUGAACGCGCAAUGACAAACCAAUCGAGGCGGAAACAACAGAUAAAUGCAUCUAUUUUAUUUGGACCGUAUUUUAAGUCAACUAUGCAGUCAUAGCCCGCCUUAUGUCAUGCGUUAUGCGAAUGAGGCGAAUUGUUAUUGCUCGACGUGUUAAACUGGCUGUUUUUAAAGCUUAUAGCCCAGUGAAAGAGGAUAUAGGCUAUAUAUAUAUAUAUAGAUAUAUGUGUGGCCAUUCAGCCAGAAGAACACCAAUGGACGAAUAUGUGACAUGGAAAUAUAAACGUUCUCCUUCAUGUUUCAUAUCAUUUGGACAUCUGGACAAUUGAAAGUAUGGGAAGUAACAAGGCGGAGACAACCUAACAGAAUCUCUGAAGAAAAUACUUCCUUUUAUUUUUGAAUGUUUGUUGAAUAUUCUAUUGAACAUUACACACACCGAAAUGAUCUCGUGGCUGGAACAACUGUGUGUGUUGUGAUGCUUCUUCUCUAUCUUUUAUCUAGUGUCAGUUUAGAUUUUUUGAGUAAGAUUUGUGCGAUUCUAGAAUGGCUCGCUUCGAAGAGGAACUAUCUAACCGGCGUGGAGGGGUCUCAAGAGGGGCAGGUAGGCCGGCAGGCCCCCCAAGCGGCCCCAGGGUGUACAAACAAUCAAUGGCCCAAAGAGCCAGGACAAUGGCCAUUUACAACCCCAUCCCUGUCAAGCAGAGCUGUCUUACUGUCAACCGGUCUCUAUUCAUCUUUAGUGAGGACUGUAUCAUACGGAAAUAUGCCAAAAAGAUUACCGAAUGUCCAUUUGAAUACCUGAUCCUGGCCACCAUUAUAGCAAACUGCAUCGUCCUUGCCUUGGAGCAGCACCUACCAGCCAGUGACAAGACCCCCAUGUCAGAGCGCUUGGACGACACAGAGCCCUAUUUUAUUGCAAUAUUUUGUUUUGAAGCUGGCAUUAAGAUCAUCGCCCUUGGCUUUGCGUUUCACAAAGGCUCCUAUCUUCGGAAUGGCUGGAAUGUAAUGGACUUUGUGGUGGUGCUAACAGGGAUGCUGGCUACAGUGGGAGCAGACUUUGACUUGAGAACUCUGAGGGCAGUACGGGUCCUGAGGCCACUGAAACUGGUGUCUGGAAUCCCUAGUCUUCAGGUGGUUCUAAAGUCCAUCAUGAAAGCCAUGGUGCCUCUGCUGCAGAUUGGCAUGCUGCUCUUCUUUGCUAUCCUCAUGUUUGCCAUCAUCGGCCUGGACUUUUACAUGGGCAAGUUCCACCGGACCUGCUUCAGGACUGAUACAGGUGAGCAGGCAGCAGAGUUCCCCUGUGGUAUGGAGGCUCCAGCGAGGACUUGUGAAAAUGGCACUGUGUGUCAGGAAUACUGGAUCGGCCCCAACUACGGCAUUACCAACUUUGACAACAUCCUUUUUGCUAUUCUGACCGUCUUCCAGUGCAUCACCAUGGAGGGAUGGGUGGACAUCCUCUAUAACGCCAACGAUGCCUCAGGGAACACCUGGAACUGGAUCUACUUCAUCCCCCUCAUCGUCAUCGGAUCCUUCUUCAUGCUCAACCUGGUUCUGGGAGUCCUGUCUGGGGAGUUUGCCAAGGAGCGUGAGCGUGUGGAGAAGAGGCAGGAGUUUCUGAAGCUUCGCAGGCAGCAGCAGAUCGAGAGAGAGCUGACUGGAUACCUGGAAUGGAUAUGCAAGGCAGAGGAAGUGAUGCUGGCAGAGGAGGACAAGCAUGCUGAAGAGAAGUCUCCUCUGGAUGGAGCGUGGUACAAGAGGAAACACAACAACCCAGUGUUGAAAAGAGCCAAGAAGAGCAAGAAUGACCUGAUCAAUGCUGAGGAGGGCGAGGACCACUUCACUGACAUCUCAUCUGUUGCUCCCCCAGGGUCUCCGUUCACCCGGGCCAGCCAAAAGAGCAGCAAGAACGACAGUGCCUCCUACUUCCGGAGGAAAGAGAAGCGGCUCCGCUUCACCAUCAGACGCCUGGUCAAGGCCCAUAGCUUCUACUGGACAGUCCUGUGUCUGGUGGGCCUCAACACACUGUGUGUGGCCAUCGUCCAUUAUGACCAGCCUGAGUGGCUCACCUAUGCACUGUAUUUGGCAGAGUUUGUAUUCCUGGGCUUGUUUCUGACUGAGAUGUCUAUGAAAAUGUAUGGACUAGGACCUAGGAACUACUUCCAUUCCUCUUUCAACUGUUUUGAUUUUGGAGUGAUUAUAGGCAGUAUUUUUGAGGUGAUCUGGGCAGUUGUGAAACCUGGGGCCUCCUACGGCAUCAGCGUCCUGCGAGCUCUCCGUCUGCUCAGGAUUUUCAAAGUCACUAAGUACUGGAACUCUCUGAGGAACCUGGUGGUCUCUCUACUCAACUCCAUGAAGUCCAUUAUCAGCCUGCUCUUCCUCCUCUUCCUCUUCAUCGUGGUGUUUGCCCUACUGGGCAUGCAGCUCUUUGGGGGAAUGUUUAAUUUUGAAGAGGAGACACCAACAACAAACUUUGACACCUUUCCAGCAGCCAUUCUCACAGUUUUCCAGAUUCUGACAGGAGAGGACUGGAAUGCAGUGAUGUAUCAUGGGAUAGAGUCCCAGGGGGGCGUUCGGCGGGGAAUGUUCUCCUCCAUCUACUUCAUCGUUCUCACCCUGUUUGGAAACUACACUCUCCUCAAUGUCUUCUUGGCCAUCGCUGUUGACAACCUUGCAAACGCACAGGAGCUCACUAAGGACGAGGAGGAGCAGGAGGUGGCCAUCACCAAGAAGAUGGCCCUCCAGAAGGUCAAGGAGGUGAAGGAGGUUAGCCCCAUGUCGGCAGCUAACAUCUCCAUCACAGUUUUUGUAAAGCAAAGUCAAGGUGCAAUCUCUCGCAGCUCGUCCGUCUGCAGCGUUAAUUCACUUAAGGAGCAGCAGAAGUCUCUGAAGAUGAUGUCAGUGUGGGAGCAGCGCACCACUCAGCUGAGGAGACACAACCUGCGGGCCAGCAGUGAGGCCCUGUACAGCGAGCUGGACCCUGAGGAGAGGCUGCGCAUGUCCUCCGCCCUGCACAUCCGCCCUGACAUGAAGACCCACCUGGACCGGCCCCUGGUCGUGGAGCCCCACGACGGCCCCGGCCCCAUGGGCCACCUCAAGCCCCGGACCCCUGAGGAGACAGAUAUCCCUGGGGACCAGGCCGGCCCCCAGCCACGCAGGCGCCACCGGGACAGGGAGAGACCCAUCGAUGAGGCCAAUGAGAAUGGAGAUCCAGGCAAAGAGGGUAGGCACCAUGUCCAUCACAGUCGCAGCAAGGACCCCGACGGGACUCGGGGUAAGGAGGGGAAGAGUGAGCGGUCGCACAACCGAGUGGGUGGCAGGAGGCACCACCACCAGACCUCAGUGGACGAGGAAGGAGGAGGGGGAACUGGAACGGGGGAGAGAGAGCACCGCCACCACCAUUCCCACAGACAGGCCAGAGAGGGUAACGGCACUGUCAACAGCGGACGCAAGGACGAGCGCAGGUCACGCCACAAAGAUGGCCGCUCGGGAGAGAGGUGCUCCAGGGGAGAGAACGGGGCCAAUGGGGAGAGGAGGAGACACAAGACCCACAGCUCCAGGGGCCAGUCCACACUGGAGGGAGAGGAGCACAGUGAGAGGGGGAAGGGCCACAAGGACAAAUAUGUGGAGUCCGAGGGCGACUCCCUGGCCACUAGCCCCCAGCAGGACCCUGGAGAUCAGAGGUGGGGCACAGAGAUAGCUGAGGACUCAGACAACCAGAGGAACGUCAGACGGACAGGACAGACAGCCGUCCACAUCCCCCCUGACACCUUCACCUCCCCGCCUGGAGAGACCACCCUUAUCCCCAUGAACAGUAUAGACUGUGAGACCAUGCCUAUGAACGAGGAGAAGAAGACCCUGGAGGAGCUGACUCGGAGCGGACCCAGACCCAUCCUCCCAUACAGCUCCAUGUUUGUGUUUGGCCAGACCAACGUGGUGCGGCGUCUGUGUCAUUACAUUGUGAGUCUGCGGUACUUUGAAAUGUGUAUCCUGGUAGUGAUAUCUAUGAGUAGCAUUGCAUUGGCUGCAGAGGACCCUGUCCAGGCCAACGCUCCACGCAACAAUGUGCUCAAGUAUCUGGACUACGUCUUCACGGGAGUUUUCACAUUUGAGAUGGUGAUUAAGAUGGUUGACCUGGGCCUCCUGCUCCAUCCUGGUUCUUACUUCAGAGAUCUCUGGAACAUUCUGGACUUCAUUGUGGUCAGUGGCGCACUGGUGGCAUUUGCAUUUUCAGGGUCCAAAGGAAAGGACAUCAGCACCAUCAAGUCCCUCAGAGUGCUGCGAGUCUUACGGCCCCUCAAGACCAUCAAACGCCUGCCAAAGCUGAAGGCUGUGUUUGACUGCGUGGUCAACUCCCUGAAGAACGUCUUCAACAUCCUCAUUGUCUACAUGCUCUUCAUGUUCAUCUUUGCUGUCAUCGCUGUGCAGCUGUUCAAGGGAAAGUUCUUCUACUGCACCGAUGAGUCUAAGGGACUGGAGAAGGACUGCAGAGGUAGUUUCCUGGACUACGAUAAGGAUGAGGUGGCUGCCCAGCCCCGGGUGUGGAAGAAGUAUGAGUUCCACUAUGACAACGUGCUGUGGGCCUUCCUCACUCUCUUCACUGUGUCCACCGGAGAGGGCUGGCCCGAUGUUCUGAAGCACUCUGUGGAUGCUACCUUUGAGGACCAGGGUCCCAGUCCAGGCUACCGUAUAGAGAUCUCCAUCUUCUACGUGGUCUACUUCGUGGUCUUCCCCUUCUUCUUCGUCAACAUCUUCGUGGCUUUGAUCAUCAUCACCUUCCAGGAGCAGGGAGACAAGGCCAUGUCAGAGUGCAGCCUGGAGAAAAAUGAGAGGGCCUGCAUUGACUUUGCCAUCAACGCCAAGCCACUGACCCGCUACAUGCCAGAGAAUGUGCAGUCCUUCCAGUACCGGAUGUGGAAGUUUGUGGUGUCACCCCCAUUUGAGUACGCCAUUAUGAUCAUGAUCGCCCUGAACACCGUGGUGCUCAUGAUGAAGUUCCAUGGAGCUCCAGACUUCUACGAGGCCAUGUUGAAGCACUUCAACAUCGUCUUCACUGCCCUCUUCUCUCUGGAGUGCAUUCUGAAGAUCAUCGCCUUCGGUCCGCUGAACUACCUGAAGGAUGCCUGGAACGUGUUUGACUUUGUGACGGUGCUGGGAAGUAUAACUGACAUCGUGGUCACAGAAAUCAAUACAACGGACCGGCUUUUGAACCUGAGUUUUCUGAGGCUGUUCAGAGCAGCUCGUCUCAUCAAGCUACUGAGGCAGGGCUACACCAUCCGUAUCCUGCUGUGGACCUUCGUCCAGUCCUUUAAGGCCCUGCCCUAUGUUUGCCUUCUGAUAGCAAUGCUGUUCUUCAUCUAUGCAAUCAUCGGUAUGCAGGUGUUUGGAAACAUUGAGCUCAACGAGGACACAGCCAUCACUCACCACAACAACUUCCGCACUUUUCUCCAGGCUCUCAUGCUACUGUUCAGGAGUGCCACGGGGGAGGCGUGGCAUGAGAUCAUGCUGUCGUGUUUGAGUCACAGAGCCUGUGAUGAGAGGUCAGGCAACCUGGAGAAGGAGUGUGGCAGCGACUUCGCCUAUUUCUACUUUGUCUCCUUCAUCUUCCUCUGCUCCUUCCUGAUGCUUAAUCUGUUUGUGGCUGUGAUCAUGGAUAACUUUGAAUACCUGACUCGAGACUCGUCUAUACUGGGGCCUCAUCAUCUGGAUGAGUUCAUCCGUGUUUGGGCUGAGUACGACCCUGCUGCCUGUGGCCGUAUCAAGUACCUCGAUAUGUAUCAGAUACUCCUCCACAUGUCCCCACCCUUAGGUUUGGGAAAGAAAUGUCCGCCAAGAGUCGCCUACAAGCGGCUAGUCAAGAUGAACAUGCCCAUCGCUGAUGACAACACAGUUCACUUCACCUCUACUCUCAUGGCCCUGAUCCGGACGGCCCUGGAGAUCAAACUGGCCUCAGGGAUGGUUGCCCAGCGUCUCUCUGAUGCUGAACUGAAGAAAGAGCUCACCCAGGUUUGGCCAAGUCUCUCACAGAAGACUAUGGAUCUGUUGGUGACACCACACAAACCCAAUGAGCUUACUGUUGGGAAGGUGUAUGCAGCCCUGAUGAUCUUUGACUACUACAAGCAGAACCGAGCCAAGAGGCUCAAGGAACAGCAACAACAGCAGCAGCAACAGAAUGCUACUGGCUCCCAGGGGAAGGUGGGGGCUCUGUUUAAACCGAUACUGCCCCUGACUCACAAGCAGGAGAAUGUGAAGGAGAAGGCCAUGACCAACGUGGAGCCUCCCUGUGAGCUACUGCCUCAGCCCCAGUCUCAGGCCCUACCUACACCUAGACCCAGGUCCACCCUGCUCAAUAAUGGAGGCACACUGCCAGGCCAUGAUGGCACCAUGAAAGGAUCGUCCUCCUGGGUGUCAGAGAAGUCUAGAGAGGUCCACAGACCCAGGAGUAAGAGAACUGUCCAAAGGGGCCAGUCUGAGGAUGUCCCAAACAUAACCAUUCCCCAGGAGUCAGUGGAGAUGAGGAAGAUGGACACCAGUGGCAGCACAGUACCUGGUCCUGGGUCUGGACUGGAGAGCCAGGGGAGAGCUGUGUCCAUGCCCCGCCUCAACGCAGAGCUGAAGAGGAGCAAGUCGCGUCACUCCCCGGGGACCCUGCUGGCUCCUGUUCCUGCCUGCAGCCCAAUGAAGCGCUCUGCGUCCACCCACGCCCCCCAGCGCCCCCAGGAGGUGAAUCUGCGUGACUUCACCCUGGAGAGGCCCAGCACCCAAGAAAGGCCUCAACACCACCACCACCACCGCUGCCACCACCACCGCCGAGAGAGGGACAAGAAGCAGCGGUCACUGGACAGGACGCCAAGCACCGCUGGUACACAAGAAGAACCGGCUGCAGAGCCCUCGUCUAGAGACAGGGUGCAGGACCGCGGCCGCUCCCAUGAGAGGAAGCACCACUCGACGGUGGGGGAGAAGCAGCGCUACUACUCCUGCGAUCGCUACAGCAGCAGGGAACACUGCAACACCACCAAGUCUGCCACCACCAGCUGUGCCACUUCCCCCAGCGAGGUGCAGGAACCCAGCAUCAACAAGCAGGGUAGUGGUUUGGUUAAAGGCAGCCCAGUGAUGUUGACCUCAGGGGCUAGCACACCCAGCCAUGGACGCAGGCAGCUCCCACAGACCCCCCUGACCCCUCGCCCCAGGGUGGCCUUCAAAACGGCAAACUCCUCCCCUGUGCACUUUGUGUCUGCCAAGUGUGGCAGCGGCCUUCCCACCCUGAGUCCUAGCCGGCUGAGCCGUGGGCUGUCCGAGCACAACGCCCUGCUGCACAGUGGCACCUCCCACAUCCCCUCCCCCAUCACCCACAUCAGCUCUGAGCCCUUCUUGGGCUACAGUCACAGUGACCCCCAGGGCCAGGGCAGCCCGUACUGCAGCCUCUGGGACGAGCUGCUGAGCCCUUAUGCUGCCAGAGCACGCUCCCCUUGGACUGCACGGCCUCAGAUGCGGCCGGGGGCCAUCCACCUGCCUCCGCCACCCCAGCAGAGACGUGCGGUGCCCAACGGAUACCACUUCACCUUUGGUGGUAAUGCCAACGCCAGCCUGGGCUCUGGCUCUGGUGCCAGGGCACCCAGGUACUAUCACAAGGCAGAGGAGGAUGAAUGGUGCUAGCACGGCUUUGAACAGAUGUUUUUAAUGCAUUUUUGAGGAAUCGUGAUGAGUUUUAUCAUCUUUUUUGAAGGUUUUAGUUUACACUGUUGUUGUACGAUAAGCUAAUUAUGGGAAAUAAAUCAAGGAAGGUUGGAAUUCAUUUGAAUGUGAACAAAGCAGCAGCAUUUUUAGGACCUGGAUGAACAUGAAAGUGGAUGUGUAUUCGGUGAAUUGUUGGUAAUUUAGUUGGCUCCGACCAACUGUAAGGCGUCUUUGUCUUAUUCACUGAAGACAAUGGCAUUUUUCAUUGAUGGCACUUUUGCUUUGCUUCUUUAUCAACUUAAUUAUUUUGAAAUAAAACGUAUCCGAGUUUUUUCAGUCUUGAUAGUGACCGAAAUAGUGGCAUAAGAAACCCUCCUACAGGUACACACAGUAGAGAUGGGUGAGCAGCAGCCCUCUUUGCUGUCUCUGCGAUGAGCAGAGUGAGAGGCUCAAUGGAAAGUCCCAUGACAAUACCUAGACACUGUUAAGUACGUGCAACAACAUAUGAUUAGGAAAUACUUAUUCAAACCUCGCUAAGAAACACACUUGAAAGUAUCCUAAACGGCUAUUGCUUUGCUUUGGGACUCUUACCAUUCGAUGAUAUAAAGGAAUUUACAGUUGCCCAAUCCAUUAUAUGACAUUCCCUUUCUGUCAGAAGAUACAGCCUGAUAGAGCAGAGGGAUCGAUGUUGUCAUUACAGACAAUGAUUGUUGAUUUGCUGCUGUUUACCAUCAAACUUCACUACACUACUAGAGAGAAAUUAGGAAUGGAAAUUAAAUGUAAUUUGUUUUAUAUAAAACUAUUGUAGAUGUUAUCUUUUCAUUGUCUGCAUUUUUUGUAUGAUGUAAAAGCAACUUUGUUUAUGUAAAUUGCUUAAGAUUUGUCAUCGUUUCAGGUCUAAUGUUUCUUACAUACUGUCUGCUUCCGAUGUUUAAUACAAAGUGCCUAUCCUUUUUAGAUAUAUGGUAGUAAAGAUACAAAGUCAACCGUUUUUUGGAAUGCAUCAACACUCAAGUAGUGGUUUGGUCAAUUGGGUAGUUCUGCAGGAGAACAAGAUGUACAGCAAGCCUUAUCUGAGAAACGAGCACUUUUAUUUCAGAAAAAAAAAACUAUUAUUAUUAUUACCUUAUAAUUGCUGAUAUUUUUCUUGUAUGAUUUUCUUUUUGGUAAAUAUAUAUAUAUGGUAAUAUAUUUCAUCAAUUUGAGGGGGGACAACGAAAGCUAGUGCAAAAGCAUAUAUCAUGAACACUUAUCAAACGUAGCAUAUCAAUCCAGUUAGGAAGACAUAAUCAGAGGAACACAACUGCAUGUUUAAAUCAUAAACCUGGUUGACACCAGUUAUAAAGAUGUAGUAGUGUAUAUUUAUUUUCCUGGUGAGGAUACUCAACUGCGAUAGCAUUGCAAGCUAUUGUAUUGCCUUCUGUUUCAAUGUUAUAACUGCAGACUUAGUAAAGAACACAAAGAAUCUGAUGAUAAACAAACAGUGUGCACUUUUUGCGCUUGAGAAGCAAAGAUGAAUACAGAUCCCUGAUGAGAGAGUGUGCUAAGUGGUGCUGAGUGCCCUAGCACCAGCACACCAGACCCCUCUGUGUCUCUCAAUUGGCUCAGACCCCUCUGUGUUAAGGUUUAAGUCUCCCCAUUGGCUCGGACCCAUGUGACCAAGAUCUGCCCUCCGAUCUCUGCUUCCAUUUUGAAGGAGAGAAUUUCACAGCUGUCAGAUCAUAAUAUAAAUCUGGUUCUUUCUAUCUACCCAGCCAUGGUAACCGCUGAUGUUGAUGGUUCACAUCUGCCUCUAAAAAGCUUCAGAUAUUCUAUAUGGAUAGUAAUACAAUAUGAUGCCCUGGGAUGGAUGAUCUAAUUCUUGGAUAGCUAAGAGCUUCUGCUCUUUUCUAUUCUACAGUACAUUGGGUGUGUAAUGUAUCAAGGUGUGCUGUAUAAAGGAUGCUCUACUCCAGUGAAGGUUUUGCUCAAUUAUUGAUAGUAGCGGAGACACAUUAGGUGGGACCAGGUGUUGCCAUGACCACACACUCGUCAGGGUUCUGUACUGCAUAUUUCCCAGAAGCAGGGUUUUGACGACAGGGAAAGUAGGGCUAUGCAACAAGACACUAAGGUCAUAUACAUCCAUUCUGUAGCUUUACAUGCUGAGAUCUCCAGAUUCAGGCUUCAGCAUGAUUGUGACCAAAUCUUUUAUAUAAAAUGUUUUUACAAAAUUAUAAAAAUGUAUUUAAAAAUGAAUAAUGGCACAACAAGUAAAGCGGAAAUUAAUAAAAUAUUUGGAAAUACAGCAACUUUAUAUAUUUGCAUGCAUACAAUUUGCCCACUUUGACGAUGUCAAUAGGUAACCUGUGUCUUAAAAAGGAAGUAAACAAUGUUAUGGUUAUUUCUAUCUGUUCCAUGUUAGGUGAUCGCGUCAGAGGAGGGUGUUCAUAAACAUUUAAUAAACUGUAAUGGUUUUGUUUUUGUAUGAGAAGGGAGCAAAUUCUCCACAUUCUUGUACAGAUACAUGAAUUGACUUCCCCUUGACAUGUUUCCAUAGUGGGUCAAAAACAUACAUAUACUAUCAGUCUCUUCCUUCAUCUCUGUGGCCUCUGUAUUAUUUAUUUAAAAAGAAACAUAUCCACACCCUAGUCUCUAACAGUUGGUUGCCAAACACUGAACUGUUCCUAUUUCUCGUUCUGCAUACCAACUGCAGUGUACAUGUGGCUUCUGGAGAAAAUAAUGUUUGCAUGUUCUGACAAUGUAUGUGCAUGUAAAUCUUAGUACUUUUUUCAUACCAUCUGUUCAUUUCUUGUUAAUGUUUCUUGAUCUUUGAUAUCAACUGUGGGGUUUGUUGAAAAAAAACUUUAUAUAAAAACAGUAUUGAACAAUGUUGAUAGUUCCAGCCAUGCAACAGAGCUGGAACAUUAUUUGGGACUUGAAAGUGAGUUGUUUGUUGCCUGAUUAUGUUUAUUGGCCAGACUUUGAAUUCUGCAGUUGUUUCUACGUUUACAUUUUGUAUGCAACCAAGUCCCUUGAAUUAAAAAAAUUAUA